AUGCCGCGCCGAUACAGACACAUGAUCCUCCCGUUAGGGCGCAGUCGUGCAUGCGGCAGUGGUAUGCUCCGGACGAGUCGUAACGCCGUUCGUAGAUGGCCGUCUCUCCAGCCGAGCUGGACAAGGCGGUCGUUAGCCACCUUAUCUACGAUUUUGCUCAACUCCUCCCGAUGCACGGCUACCAGCGGCAGUGGUCUGUGGGGAACGCAUCCACGGCACUCUCCUGUGCGCACAUCCUUCGUGCCAAGUGAUAUAUCAUCUGCUGCUGUGCACAAGGCCAAGGGCGCACAACUAGGCAAGUCUCCACAACGUUCGGACACCACGCGGAGUCCGGCUGGUGUGCCCCCACCAACCCGCUUUACACUGGACCCACCCUUCACCCGUGUCGCGGGUGAGGAGGAGCUCUCGCCUGGCCCUUGCGCUUACGUGUGCCGCCGCUGUCGUGCACCUGUCUUCCACAGUGAUUGUUUUGCUGACACGAGUCGCGUAGGCUGGCACGCUAGCGGCUGGCCGACGUUCUUGGCCCCCUCAACACCGUCCGCUCUUCGGCUUAGCACGGUACUGCAGAGGUCUGUCAUUGCGCGACUCAGCGAUACACCACGCGACGGGCCCGUCAGCAACAUCUCCGCCGGUCUCACUACGCCACAACGGACACUUGACAUUGCUGUGCCGCCCAACAGCGUCGCCCAACGCGGGCUCGCUGUCGAGGGAGACCUUGUGCGUAAGCGGGGGAGCACUAUCAGCCUGCAAGAGACACGGACGUGGAGGGAGACGUGCCUCCGGGACGAGAACCAUCGCGCUGAUCCAGUUUUGGUGCUCGCUGUCUGCAGCGCCUGCGACACCCCCCUGUGCCACGUCACGCAGUCCGCUGCGGUAGGGACGCUGUAUGUCUCCACCGCUGCGUGCAUCAUGGCUGAAGCAGCGGGUGCCACGCGGCGUGAGUGA